CGGCGGCAGCGCGGCCGGCGAUAAGACAGGUGCUGACAGGCGACGACGAUACCUUCGAACAUCGGACGCACUGUGGGAACCGUAGGAUGCAAGCGCGCACACGCUACAAACAUGCACGGCGCCUGGGGAAAAGAACGAAUUGACCACUUGCGGAACGCGCCACGUAAGACGGUAGAAGAAGAAGAAGAAGCACCGCUUUUCGGCUGCCAUGGAUCCUACGACGGAUGCGAGUUCGAAAAUCAAGAAAUCCAGCUCCUCCCAGCGCCGUCGCGCGUCCAAGUCAUCGGCCGCUUCUUCGGCGGCGGACGCCGAGGCGCCGGCCGAGGAGUCGAGCCGGCAGACUGGAAACCUGAGCCGUAGGAAGUCAAAGCUUCGCUCCCGCAGGCUUCCGUCGUCGAAGGGCGUCGCACAGAGCCCGACUGCGGAAGAAGGACUCCCGAGCCCCGUGCAGUCCAACACAGCUGGAGGUGCCAAGGAGGCCAGUCAGGGUAAAGAGGACACUCACACAGGACGAGACGGCUUGGGAGCGCCCUUGCAAGGCACACCGACGGUCUUGCCUAUGCCAGCUGAUCAUGGUGCUGUGGCCGACCAUGUCUCGGGUAACUCGUCAACGUUGCCAGCCGUGCCCUUCAAACUACCGCCAAUGGUUGCCGUGGAUGAGUCCGCACCUCUUUUCCCUUCAGCAGCUGGGCAGAAUGACUCAACGGCGCUCGUAAAAACGUUACAAGAAAGCCAGAAGAGGAGCACGGGCUGUAUUGGCACCUUUCGUCUUACGGCCACACCGUCGCCUGCACACGCUAUUCGUUCGAAGACACCGCCGCCGAUUGCGAGGGCCUUCGCGCCGUGCACAGAAAUGGCGGUGCAAGACAGUUCCACCAUUGCACAUGGCUUUCAACGGCUGUACAGGGCGAAGUCGGUGCGAACAAUUCUAUAUGCACCGCGAAAAAUAGCGGAGAGCGAAUGGCAGACGCUGGGUGCGUUGUGCCUCGCCAUCGUGCUGUUGCUCGGGGCCGCCACGGGGGCCGUGCUGGUGGUCCGGCACACGGUCGGCACGAAGGCGCGCUUGUGCGCCAGCGACGCGUGCACGGCCCACGCGCUGUGGUUACGGGGCCUCGUGAACCGCAGCGUCGAUCCGUGCGAAGACUUCGGCGCAUUCACGUGCGCCAGCCCGGCGAAGCCGUUCGAGUUCUUCGCCUCGGCAACCGCUGAAGAUCUGCUCAACGCGUGGUUCGCCCAGGUGGGCCCCCUACUCGAGGGAGUUGCCGGAAGACUGUCCGCAGCCACCAAAGCGCUCGCGGCCUUCGGAACUUGCAUGGACCAGGAUCUGAAAGACACCGCUGCCGCCAUGGGCGUGCUGCGAGAUUUCAUGCGAGAACGCCACAUACCUUGGCCCGAAGCGCCGGAGGACAACGUCUCGCCACUCGGCGUUCUUCUGGACUUUGCCUUCAACUGGCGGCUGCCCUUUUGGAUCCACGUGCAGUUGCAGUGCAACGUCCUAGGCGACCGCACCGCCACGCUACUGAGUGGCGGCAACUUCGUUCACUUCUGGACGUACUACCAUCGGUUGGCGGUUGCCGAGGGCGCGUACGAGAACUACUACAACAGCUACGCGAGGCUCUUCGCACCCGCCGGCUUCCAGUCGCCGCGUUCCGAGGAAGCUAAGAAGAUGGCCGCCAUGAUGACGGAUGUUCUCGAGAAGUUCCUCGCCGUGAAGGAGCGGAAGAGGCCCACGCCGGCCCACUUCCGCCUACGAGAUAUCGCUUCGUACACACCGAACAUCACUGUCGCCACAUGGAAAGCGGCGCUGGAAGAAAAUGUGAACAUUCCGCCCGAGUUUACCGGCGCCGAUCUGUUCGGCGUUAGCGACGACGCCGUGCUCACUGCAGUGAAUGACUUAUUCGUAAAGUACAGCAACGGUGAAAUAUUGCGUCACCUUGGGUGGUUCUUCGCGCAGGUGUUCGCGCCCGUGGGGAACAUCUCUGUGCUCGGCGCGGGCUUGGAAAGGGGCGCGCGUUCUCGACGAAGUGUGUUUUGCGGCACCGAGGUAGAGACACUGUACGGGGCGUUGCUAAGCUCUCUCUAUGUGGACGCCCUGCUUCCGCACGAAGCGCGCAGUGACGUCGUUGCGGUGCUGGAAAAUGUGAGGAGGACUGCCGUGAAGAAGUUGGGCGAGAUUUCGUGGAGCGACGAUGCGUCUACGCUCACCGCCCAGGUGAAAAUCGAUCAGACGAAAGUCCGCCUGUGGCCACCUAAGUGGAUGCUCACAUCGUGGGGCCUGAACGAGAUGUACGCGGCUUUCAUGUCGCGAGGCGACACGUUCGCUAGCUUCUGGCUUGAUGGAUACCGCCAUAUUCGUGAGCUGAUAUCGAAAAUGAGGUACUACGAGGCGCUCAAUUUGCCUGCCAACUCGCUGCUACCUCAGUUUGACUACGACCGCCUGCUGAACACUGUCGCGAUUUCCGUAGCGGCACUGGCCCCUCCAUUAUACUACAGCGACGGCACCCCUGCGAUGAUCUACAGUGGCCUCGGGUUCGCGUUCUCGCAGCAGCUCGUCAGGGCAUUCGACAGCGCGGGAAUAAAGAUCGACCCGAACGGUGCCGUGGGAGGCUCCUGGGCGUCGGCCCUCUGGACGGAUGCCGUCGGCCAGAAGGCGCGGUGCCUGCACCAUCAGCAUCCCGGAACCUCCCACGACGAAGACCUGUUUCCAGAGGUGCCCGCCCUGGAGGUCGCGCACAGUGCCCUGCUGUCCGCGCUCGCCGUGGAACGGUUCGUGCGAACGACGGCGGACUGGAGCGAGGAGCAGGCGUUCUUUGUCGCCGUCUGCCACGGAAUGUGCCAUCCCGCGCGUCGAGUCACCGGCGUCGUCGCCGGUUCUGAUUGCAACAAAGCGAUGCGCAACUUUCCUGCCUUCGCUGCCGUCUUCGGAUGCAGGGAGGGUUUGCCGACGAACCCCGCCCUAAAGUGCUCGUUCUUUCACUAAGUGCUUCUUUUUGAACCGUUUACGCGGAUUUCGGAACCUGAACUUGCCUCUGUUACGCAACCUACAGCGGAAGUGUGCUACGACUACCCACUGCAGGGGUACUUCGGUAGCUUAUUCUCCUGCCGUGAUGACUAACUGCGAGACAUAUGGUGCUGUAGCCGACUGUUCUUUUAAUAAGCUUUUCCUGCUUGUAUAGAGAUGAGCGUUUUCGUUUUCACAUCGGUCGGCGAAAUGUGUACUGUAUGCAAAGGCUGAUAUUGUUGAGGCCUACACUGAUUUACAUCGCAGUCGUCGUACUUGUUUCUCGAGGAUUCCGUUAUUGACCAUGUUGUUUUUUUUAGCACUUUUGAAGGCUGUCAGUUUACGGUCUGUUUUAAUACUGAUAUGCCCGCGCACGCAUUUGUGAAAUGUAUUACCAUAGCGCCUCUCAUUAGGGAUAAGUGUAAACUACCGAGACAAGCAUGGAUAGCCCUUUCGAGUGGUCCUGCAAACAGGUCGCAGGGACAGAUGAGGCUUAAAUGACGUCUCACUUGCUUGCGCAAGUUUAGCGACCUCCGCGGUAAAUAAAACGUUCAUUACCAUGUAUUGUGCGCCGCUUAGGAAUGUUUACAUGUGACGCAGCGUUUCACGCCCACGUCGUGUCUGACUACUUUAGAAUAAGAGAAACGUGGCCGCAGAAGAGGGACAUCGUUUCGUUUUUAGAGCAAAACGAGCCGCUUAAGCUGCCUGCCAAAUGCUGAUUCUCACUGGUGAUAGCGUCUGUGGGACGGGCCAACGGCAUUACCGCCCACUUUUAUCGUGCGUGCAUUGUACAAGGGGGGAUCAGAAAGUGUUUGCCUAUAUAUUUUAUUAGCCAAAGCGAGGUACGCACAGGUAAUUACAAAUAUAAGUACUAUUCUGCCCAUCGUAGCACAAUAUUGCAGAUGCCCCUGUGGUAGAAUUCGUCCUGCUCGUUGUGGGGAACCAUCGUUGGACUGCUGUCUUGGCUUCGUCAUUUGCACGUGAAUGGUUGCCCUGCCGGGAACUUCUUCAGCGGAUGGAAAACAUGGAAAUCUCUAGGGGCAAGGGCCGGGUUGUAUGCUGGGUGGUCCAGGCCCUUCCAGUUAAAUGACCGGAGCUUGUCGGCGGUUGUGUUAGCCACACUUCGUUGCCCGUACGCCGCGCCCGAGUGAAGCCCAACGCCCAUCUUCAACAACUGACCGCAGCGGUGUGUCGCGGAGCUACUGGCAGAUAAUGCAGGGCCGGUCCAAGAAAGGUCCACCGCUGGGAAUAGAUAUGUAGACUUCACAUUUACAGCCGUUAUUUCAGCUAAAAAAAAUUGGGAGAAAUACUUUUUGAUUCGCCGUCGUAUAUUAACCUGCAGAAUAUCCUCCACUUCCUGAGUCUUCGACAGUAAUCCGGAUUGUUGAUCGAUCAGUGAAGCUCCGUACAAAUUGCAAUGUGUGAUAACAGUAGUUUGAAGGGUAUUUUUGAAGGGUAGUCGGAGUGAGAGUGUUCUAACUUUUGUUCAGUUUGUAACUCAUUUGAUUUGCCGUGUAUCGAUAGUGACGCUUACAAGUACUCUGCGUUUAUCUCACGAACAUCACUUCCUAUUUGCAUACGAUCAUACAUGCCGAUCAUCGUCCGAUGAAGUUCCUUCUUCAAAGAAGGAAGAAUCUUCAUUAAAGAACAAAAUAAAUUUAUUUCUUGGUUUAAUAUGCGAUGCGCACUGUUUUGGUAACGAAUAGGGGCAGCAAGAAAAGUCUCGCUAGUCUUUAUAGCGUUCUCCGCUAUUUGUUUAACAAUAUAUAAGUACGUGACGUAGGAUCGCGUAACCGUAGAACAUUAGACCCUAUAAAGAAAUUCAACUCACGCGCUUCCAUUUUAUGGCUCCGUUAUAGUAGUCUGCUAAAGGCUAUACCCCAUAAUAAAAUUGCAGCUGUUGGGACGCAUCUUCUCCCACAACAAUAUUCGACAUCUGCCUUGCUUGCGUUUCCUUUCUUCAAAACUCGGCGCUUGCUAGUUUUCUGUCGAGAAUGCUAUGUCACGCUGGUAACGUGCAUGCCGUUAGUGAAUUUGG